UGCGCCGCGUGCGACCCGGGCAAGCAGAGCGGCCUCGGAUCGGCGGAGUGCUCCUGGUGCUCCACGGGGCAGUACCAGACGCUCGGCGACGACGACGAGAAGGUCUGCGUCGACUGCGCGAACGGCACCUACUCGCCCGUGGGGCUCACGUGCCUCGACUGCGGGCCGGGCCUCUACUCCGACGACCGGGUCAACUGCGUCUACUGCGCCACGGGCACCUACUCCGACGGGUCCCGGAAUUCGGGCUGCGAGACGUGCCCCGCGGGCGCGUUCGCCGUCUCCGGGUCGACGGAAUGCCUCGACUGCCCCGCGGGGCGCUACCAGGACGCGCCCGGCUCGGAGUGGUGCACGUCCGCGCCCCCCGGGUCCUACGCGCCCGAGGACGGCGCCUCGGAGGCCACGCCCUGCCCGCCGGGGUCCUUCUCCGGCUCGGGCGCGACGGCGUGCGAGCCGUGCGGCGCGUCCGAGUACGCGAACCACUCGGGC